AUUUUUCCUCACACCCUUAAAGCUUCAACAAAACCAGAUCAAGCUUCUUUCACCAUUUUCACUCUUCUUUAAGCUUUCUUUCUUAAUUUCUCUCAUUUCGAAUUUUAAACACAAAACCUAAACGAUGCCUGAGGCACCAAAGAUCGCAGCUUUGGAGGUUUCUGAUGAGAGCCUCGCUGAGAAGAACAAGAACAAACUCCAAUUCAUCGAAGACGUGACCACGAACGCAGAUGAUGUUCAGAGACGAGUUCUUGAAGAGAUCCUUUCACGUAAUGCUGAUGUGGAGUAUCUUAAACGACACGGGCUCGAAGGACGAACCGAUCGUGAGACUUUCAAACAUAUCAUGCCUGUCGUAACUUACGAAGAUAUUCAACCUGAGAUCAACAGAAUCGCCAAUGGUGAUAAGUCUCAAGUCCUCUGUUCUAACCCCAUCUCUGAGUUCCUCACAAGUUCUGGGACUUCUGGUGGAGAGAGGAAACUGAUGCCAACAAUCGAAGAGGAACUAGACAGAAGAUCACUUCUCUACAGUCUCUUGAUGCCUGUGAUGGACCAGUUUGUUCCUGGUCUUGACAAAGGCAAAGGGAUGUAUUUUCUGUUUAUCAAAUCAGAAUCCAAGACACCAGGUGGUCUCCCUGCUCGUCCUGUUUUAACCAGUUACUACAAAUCCUCUCACUUCAAAAACAGACCUUAUGAUCCUUACACCAACUACACAAGUCCCAACCAAACCAUCCUUUGUUCUGACUCUUACCAGAGCAUGUACUCUCAAAUGCUUUGUGGUUUAUGCCAACACAAAGAGGUUCUUCGUGUUGGUGCUGUUUUUGCCUCUGGUUUCAUUAGAGCCAUCAAGUUUCUUGAGAAACAUUGGCCUGAGCUAGCUCGUGACAUUAGAACCGGUACUCUCAGUUCCGAGAUAACCGAUUCUUCGGUUCGUGAGGCGGUCGGGGAGAUUCUUAAACCGGAUCCUAAGCUUGCUGAUUUCGUCGAAUCUGAAUGCAGGAAGACUUCUUGGCAAGGGAUCAUCACUAGGCUUUGGCCAAACACUAAGUAUGUGGAUGUGAUUGUGACUGGAACAAUGUCACAGUAUAUUCCAACUCUGGAUUAUUACAGCAAUGGUUUGCCUCUUGUCUGCACAAUGUAUGCUUCUUCGGAGUGUUACUUCGGUGUGAAUCUCAGGCCACUCUGCAAACCAAGUGAAGUCUCUUACACUCUCAUACCGAACAUGGCGUAUUUCGAGUUCUUGCCUGUUCAUAGGAACAGUGGAGUUACUAGCUCUAUCAGUCUUCCAAAAGCACUCACUGAGAAAGAACAACAAGAGCUUGUUGAUCUCGUCGAUGUCAAGCUUGGUCAGGAGUACGAGCUUGUUGUCACCACCUAUGCUGGGCUUUACAGGUACAGAGUGGGUGAUGUCCUAAGCGUGGCUGGUUUCAAGAACAAUGCGCCUCAGUUCAGCUUCAUAUGCCGCAAGAACGUGGUCUUAAGCAUUGACUCGGACAAAACCGAUGAGGUUGAGCUUCAAAACGCAGUUAAAAACGCGGUAACACACCUUGUUCCGUUUGAUGCUUCACUCUCCGAGUACACUAGCUAUGCGGACACAUCAUCUAUCCCGGGCCACUAUGUCUUAUUCUGGGAGCUCUGCUUGAACGGUAACACGCCAAUUCCUCCCUCGGUCUUCGAGGAUUGCUGUUUAACCAUAGAGGAAUCACUUAACAGUGUGUAUAGACAAGGAAGGGUCAGUGAUAAGUCCAUUGGACCAUUGGAGAUCAAGAUGGUCGAGUCAGGGACUUUCGAUAAGCUCAUGGAUUAUGCGAUAAGCUUGGGUGCAUCGAUCAAUCAGUACAAGACACCAAGGUGUGUGAAGUUUGCUCCGAUCAUUGAGCUUUUAAACUCUAGGGUUGUUGAUAGUUACUUCAGCCCCAAGUGUCCUAAAUGGUCCCCUGGUCACAAGCAAUGGGGGAGUAACUAAAGAGGAAACUUUGGGGAAGAAGAAAGACUCUCUAUGAAGUAGAAGGUUCUGUUUUGUAAUCAAAUGAAUAUCGAGAAAAGUGAUAAAUUAUUAUGUCUGUUUGUUCUAAUUUAAAUCUUAAUUUAAUUUUGCUUUACUGUUUUUGUUUUGAAAUAUGUUUAGAUUCUAGUCAUAUGUACAUAGCCGGUUUAUGUUUCUCUAAGCGACUCUUUUAAGUUUCUCCAGCCUUUUAGAAGUUUUAAUCCACUUUUUUUUACUUACUAUUCUUGCAAUUAGCUAGGGUUAAAGUUAAAAGGAACUUUACUUGUUCUAUUAUCUGCUUCAAAAAGCAAAAUCAUUAGAAAGCCAUAAUUUUCC